UUUUACUUGGGUUACCUGUCUGUUCACGUUUCUCAGAAUAGCACAAGCUCACCUGUUUGUAUCAAGCAAGAUACUCGGAAGCAAUGCAGAGCAACACACCCAGCUCGUCACGCCCACUCACCUCGCGGGUGCCGGGCCAGCUUCACACACCCACGCACUCCUUUAGCGAGGCCGCUUUCACUCCGGACUCCUCCGAAGUAAAAAUGGGUAACUGGAACGACAAGCGGUCUAGGGAGGAGCUAGAUCUUGCGCGAGCUAGACCUGCUGACCAGAAGUUCAACAUGAGAGAUUAUGAAGAUCCCCUCUUACCCCGUCAACAUCCACAAUCUCACUACUACCCAAAGGGUGUUACGGCAGAGACGGAGGCCCAACUACUGAGACUCAUUGCCGAACUCACAGGCUCCUCUAGUUGAGUCUGGCAAGCCUGGAACACAGAUCAGUACCUGGUAUCUAAGGAUAUCUACGCCGGAACUUUAUACUAUCUAGCACUAGGGAAUAUAUUGUCUUUCUACCUAUUACUCUAUCUCCACCUCUGAUUUUAGACAUGUGCGUAGAUUAAUAGACCGCUUCGAA